CGCAAGAUGGAUGGUGAUUGUUUUAGGCACAAUUGCAUCGACCUACCAUGCAUUAGUCUCUUUUGUUCAUAGUUAAUUCACGAAAAGCUCAGAUGAAUCGUAUAGUAUAGACUAUGUAUUAUAUAGACCAACUGUUUUUUUUGUGAAGAAAGUCAUUAAUAAAGUUUGUUUAUUUUAAGAAGAUUUAAGUGCAAUAUUUACGAUGGUACAGUCAAGCAAAGGAAGAAUAGACUGGGGGUACAAUGACUUGAAGGAUCUGGCCCAGUUAGGUCGUGCAAUCAUCUCGGAGUUCCUCGGGACCGCAAUUUUAGUGUGGCUAGCCACCGCUACCUGUGCACAGUUUCCUGGAAAUGGAGAAACAGUCCACGUCUCUCUCACAGUCGGCUUCACUGUCGCCACUGUCAUUCAGACCCUGGCUCACGUGGGGGGAUGCCACAUCAAUCCUGCAGUCACUCUCGGCUUCGUGAUAAUGGGUAAAACGUCCGCUCUGAGAGCACUUCUGUACGUCAUUGUUCAGUUGGCUGGUGCAGUGGCAGGUACAGAAAUAUACAAGAUAACUACACCGGAGAACCUCAGAGGUAUCGGCCUAUGUUCGAAUAGAGUAAACACAGCUGCAGGAGUGACGGCUGAACAGGCUCUGGUGGUGGAGAUAGUUCUCACCUUCUGUCUAGUCCUGGUGAUACUAGCAGUGAGUGACAAGAACAGGCGUCCUCAUCACGGUGGAACUGGGCCCUUCAUUGAGGGACUGACUGUGUGCGCUGCCUUCCUCAUGGGGCUCAGAUACAGUGGUGUUUCCUUAAACCCGGCACGAUCGUUUGGUCCUGCUAUAUUAAGCGAUUAUUGGGAACACCAUUGGAUAUAUUGGGUGGGACCAUUGUCAGGAGCAGCUAUAGCUGGCUACAUGUACAGAAACUGGUUCAAAGCUCCCAAACCGCAAAAGGAGCAAAAUACCAAUACGUAAACAGAGGAGUAACUUUGAAGAAAAGACAUUAAGAUAGGAACAUAACAAGUGUAUCCCUUCAAGUGCUGCAGAAACAUCAAGUGUAAUAUCAUUGCUUUAGGUACCUACUUUACUUCAAGUCUAGUACUUCGAGAAAAACUGACUAUGGGUAGUUCGAAAUAUAUUUAAGAAUAUAUUGUGUUUCUAAAUGUA